AGUGAAACUUCAAAAACACAAACUAACCAAAAAUCACAUUAGAGAGUUUUACAGAGCUGCCCAUUUUUCUUCAGAUCAGAAAUCAAUCAAUUAGCUGAUAAGAAGCUAUGGCGUCGUUAUUACAACUUCCAUCAGAUGAUACGGUUUUGAUACGUGUAACUCAUUCGAAUCUCAAGACGUUUUCUUCUGAAGUUAGAUUUUCACUUGAGAGCACGGUAGAAGCAGUUAAAGACAAACUAUGGAAAAAAUGUGGUACUGCUGUUACUUCAAUGAGUCUUGAACUAUAUGAUGAUACGGGUGUUAAAGUAUCGGUCCUAAGUGAUAAUACAAGACCUUUUGGCUUCUACUCUCCACUAGACGGAUAUCGCCUGCAUAUUAUAGAUCUUGAUCCAUCAUCUGUAACAUCUGGUGGUUGGUUGGAGGAUACGUCAUUGGUUGAGAAAUUCAAGAUUUCUGAUGAAGCAUAUGAUAAACUUGAUGGUACAUAUCGAAAGUUUAAAGAGAAGCUUGGACCUCGAGGUAGUUCUGCUCAGGGAUCUAAGAUGGAUGAUGAUUAUAUGGAAGGUAUAUGUGCAAAUAUCAAGGUUGGAGAUAGAUGUCAAGUGGAACCCGGUGAAAAAAGGGGUGUUGUGAAAUUUGUGGGUCGGGCAGAAGCCCUCGGACCUGGCUUCUGGGUUGGAAUUCAAUAUGAUGAACCAUUGGGAAAACACGACGGCCUGGUGAAAGGGACACGGUUCUUUGAGUGCCCCCCACUCCAUGGAGCCAUAGUUAGACCAGACAAAGUAAAGGUUGGAGAUUAUCCUGAACGAGAUCUCUUUGAGGAAGAAGAAAUAUAAGUGGUCUUCUCUAACAUGUUAUUUCCGAACCUGUAGUUUGGAAAUAUUGAAAGCUUCAUAUCUGUUUUGAAGAUUGGUGUGUGUAUAUCUCUAAUUGCUGUGUUUGAAUUCCGAUCAUAGACUCAUUGCAUAUGGUUGCUCCAUGAAUUUUCAAAUUUGUUCGUUUUCCUUAAUCUUGUACCAUACAAGCCUUUGAUUUCCAGCCUAGUACACACGUAUGUACGAAAUAUUAACCCCUUUAACUAGUCAUUUAUGCCUUGAAGACAUUUUUAGACCAA